AUGGAGGAGAACAGGUGGUUUUUGAACAUCAUUCAGGAUGACUUCAUGGAUGGGAAGAUUGAUUUAGAUAGCACUGUUAAACUACUUGAAAAACUGCACAUGCCUUUUAAUCUCGCCCAUGUGAAACAUGUUUUCAAGAAAACAGUUGACAAGCGGAAGAUACGUACUAUCAACAUGGAAGACUUCAGAGCAAUUUAUCGAGCUAUUGUACACAGAAAUGAAUUUCAUGAACUUUUCUGUGCUUACUCUCAAAACCACAAAUGUCUUGCUGACACCGAGCUCACUGAAUUUCUCAAAAAAGAACAAUUUAAAACUGAAGAUGCUGAAACAACUGCCUUAGAAGUAAUUUUGAAGUAUGAACCCAUUGAUGAAGUUAGGAAAAGAAGACAAUUGUCGUUUGAAGGGUUUAUAAGGUACAUGAGUUCAGAAGAUUGUAUUAUAUUCAAAAAAGAGCACCGGACCGUCUACCAAGAUAUGAACCACCCAUUAUGUGACUAUUUUAUUUCAUCUUCUCACAAUACCUACUUGGUAUCUGACCAGCUAGUAGGACCCAGCGAUUUAAAUGGAUAUAUCAGUGCUCUGUUAAAAGGAUGUCGUUGUCUGGAAAUUGACUGCUGGGAUGGCUCAAACAAUGAUCCUGUUGUGUAUCAUGGUCACACCCUCACAAGCAAACUUUCAUUUUAUUCUGUAAUUCACGCAGUAGACAAGUAUGCUUUUGCGGCAUCUGAUUAUCCAGUUGUGCUGUCUUUGGAGAAUCACUGCAGCCCUAAGCAACAAGAAAGGAUGGCACAAUAUUUACUAAAUAUUCUAGGUGACAAACUACUUACUUCAACAAUUGGUGACAUACCGGUGACUCAGCUACCUUCUCCUGAGGCGUUAAAAUUCAAAAUACUGGUAAAAAAUAAGAAAAGUGGAACAAUUGAAGAAACUAUGCUCAGGAAAGGUCAGGACAGUCAUGGUGAAACAGGGGAAGUAUCUGAAGAGGAAAUUACAUCAAGUGACGAGGAGACUGAUGAAAAUGCCCCUCUUUACCCAAAAAGUAAAUCCUCAAAAAGAAAAUCUGAAGUUAGAUCUUCACCUCCACCUCGAAAAAAGGCAAAGAUGAAGAAAAUGAAGAUUGCCAUUGAGUUGUCGGACCUUGUGAUUUAUACCAAAUCUGAGAAGUUUGUAAGCUUUGAGCAUUCAAUAACUCAUCAGAAGUGUUAUGAAAACAAUUCAAUUGGAGAGGUUAAAGCACAAAAAUUUGUAAAACGUGCAGCUAAUCAGUUUGUUUCACAUACUUCACGUUUCAUUACAAGAAUCUACCCAAAAGGAACAAGAGCAGAUUCUUCAAAUUAUAAUCCUCAAGAGUUCUGGAAUGUGGGUUGCCAAAUGGUGGCCUUAAACUUCCAGACACCAGGAGUACCAAUGGAACUGCAAAAUGGGAAAUUCUUAGACAAUGGUGGUUGUGGAUACAUUCUGAAACCAGAAUUCCUGAGAAAUCGCAAUUCAACAUUCAACCCACACAACGUGGGAAGAUAUAGUAAACCAAUAUCUCUAUCAAUAAGGCUCAUCAGUGGUCAUCAGUUACCACCCAGUAACCUGUCGAAGAGUAACAAAGCUGACCCUUUAGUGCAGAUAGAAAUUUAUGGUGUGCCAGAAGAUCAAGCAAAAAGAAAAUCUAGUGUCAUAAAAAGCAAUGCUUUGAGUCCUAGAUGGGAUGAAACUUUCUCUUUUACCGUCCAAGUUCCAGAACUAGCACUGAUUCGCUUCUGUGUACAAGAUGAGAUCUCUCUGAUUGCAAAUGAUUUCCUUGGUCAAUACACUUUACCACUGCUGAGUCUGAGUAAAGGUUACUGCACUGUUCCCCUGUUUUCCAAACGUGGUGGCAAACUGGAACCUGCAUCUCUGUUUGUGUACGUAUGGUACUACUAAUAGUGCUCUGCAAUAGUUGUCAUUCUGGUGACUCACACCCCACUCAAUAAAGCAACAUCACCUGGCCUGCAACAACCCAGUAGUCUGAUUUCCAGAGUGGCAUGUUCUCAUUGAUUUUUUUUAAGCUAAUGUGACUUCUUGUGUGAGUAAAUGGUAUCCUGAAUAAGUAAUGGCUAGUGAAGUUAGCACUACUAAUAAUUCAUACAGAGUGAACUGUUCUGAACAUUUUGUUGAAUUCAAUUAAUAAUUUCAUUUGCAGCUAAUUGCAAAAUUAUGAUUAAUUUCUGAAGAUAAAAAUUUAAUAUUUAUGAUUUUAUACUACAAAAUUGUAAACUUGUUAACACGCACAUAUUUAUUUGUGUUGACAAAGAGCAAUCAUGUUCAAGGGAACAUAAAAAAGUGACAUAUUCAGUUUAAAGUCUCUUUUAAUGUAUAGCAACGGCAGUUUCUGCUUGAGCUAUAUCCCUUUAAUGUCUACUGAAAUUUUGCCACCUGGAAAAACAGUUCUGAGAAAAAGCAGCUCUUAAAAUGAUAAAAGCUUAAGAUGCUACUAUUGGUACCUUUUCUCAGCCUAAUCCUGUACCUCCUGCUGCUAAAGAAAGACAAAUAAUUCACAGGCUGAUUUGUAAAGGGCUACGUUCCUCAUAGCAGCAGGAAGCUCAGGAUACCUCUUACUGACUGCGAAUUUGGGAAAUAGGAAGCACAAGGCUUUGAGGUGGAUUUGAAGA